UUUGUUUACCAAUGUUAUUAUUGUUUCUCUUAUGUACAGUGCCUCGCCCAGAACAGUUUGAUGAAUUGAAUAAUGCAGAAAAUAAUGACAUUCUUGAAGCAGUUGACAUCGAUGAACAGAUAAUAAAUCUUAUAUCCCAGAAGCGAGCAUUAUUCGACCAUUGGAUACCAGCAAGUGAAAGAAGCACUUUAAAAAAAACUGUACUGUGGCAAGAAAUAUGCAAUUCAUUGGGAGGGACAUUGAGCAUAAUCGAAAUUAAAAAAAGGUGGCGAUAUCUUCGUGAUUGCUUCAUAAAGGCAAAAAAGAAAAAACGUACUUAUAUUCCAAGUGGGUUUGCUGCUGAAGCAUUGAGUACGAAAAGAAGUUCCUUCAGAUUCUACGAACAAAUGAAGUUUUUGGAUGAUGUUUUUGAAAAAUCUCCGUAA